CAGUACUGAAUCGCACAAGCCAAUAAUCAUUUUUUAAAAAAAUAUAUAAAUAAACGAUACCGCAACGAGGAGUAGUCAGCCAUGCCGGAAACAAAAGGAGCCAAGGGCGAUGGCAAGCAGACCAAGGCCAAGAACAGAGCCUCCAAAGCGAAGGCCGAUGGCGGCGGCGGUGAUGCCGAUGACUUUGAUGCCUGGAUGCGAUCGCGCCAGCUCCUCAAGCCAGACGAUCAGCUGGACUUGACGGAGGCCGAGCUGGCCGAGGAGGUGACCAAGGUGCUGACGCCCACCAACACAAACGUGAUCCACAAUCUGGUGGUCUACAGCUUCAAGGAAGGGGAAUAUGUGCCGGCGCCGCUACCGGGCAAUACGGUGACCCUCUUGAGCUACUCCGGAAACUCUUUGCACGUUGACUCGGAGGAGGCCCGUCUCCAGAUCGAGGAGUCCGACGAGAUUGGCUAUCCCCUGCCCAUGCCCCACUAUUCGCUGGUGGAGCAACGCGACACAUCCGCCGGGGACGGUGAGGGCGAGGGCGAAAACGAUGAUGCCGACGACGAUGACGACGCCAAGAGUGGACCCGAAAAGGAUGCCGAAGAGGAGGAGGGCGAGGAGGGGGAAGAAGAGGAGGAGGCCAAGACAGGCGAAGGCGCCGAUGAGGGCGUCGAAGAGGCGGAGACUCGUGCCGAAGAUGAGGAGACCGCCGGAGCCCAGCCGGCCGCUGCCACAGCCUCCGGCAAGAAGCGCAAAUUGAUCAACCAGUUCAACUACUGUGAGCGCGCUGCCCUCACCUACACGAAUCCUACGAGGAGUGUGGACACCCAGACGAUACCGCCGCCCCGCUCGCAGUUCGGUGGCAAUGUGUUGCAGUGGGUCAUCUACGACUCGUAUUUGCAGGAUUUUGAGGCACAGUCCAAGGACGGAACCGCCAAGAAGGAGGACCGCAAGCGGGGAAUGCGCUCGAAGAAGUUCAAGGACAAGUCGGCCAUUGCCGAGCAACUCAACAAAAAGUAUCUCAAGUGCUGGCAGAUCCUCGAGCGGAUGAUCAACCAGAACAUCUACGACGACAUUGCUCAUGACUAUCGCUACUGGGAGGAUCCGGCCGAUGAGUACCGCGAGGGCGAGGGCAACCUGCUGCCCCUAUGGAAGUUCCAAUACGAAAAGACCAAGAAGAUGAAUGUCACCGAUAUCCUGUUCAAUCCGAGCUACUACGAUCUCUUUGCAGUUUGCUUUGGCUCACAUGACUUUAUGAAGCAGACAAACGAGGGCUACCUCUGCCUCUUUACCGUCAAGAAUCCCUCUUUUCCGGACUACAUCAUACAAACCGAUUGCGGUAUCAUGUGCUGUGACAUCCAUCCCACAUACCCCUUCCUAGUGGUGAUUGGCCUGUACGACGGCAACGUGGCCGUCUACAAUCUCCGGGACAGCUGCAAGGAUCCGCUGUACAUCUCCAAGGGCGUGAACUGCAAGCAUGGAGAGUGCGUGUGGCAGAUCAAGUGGGGCCCGGACAUGACCGAUGGCGAGAUCAACUUCUAUUCGGUGUCCUCCGACGGACGGGUCUUCAACUGGAUUCUGAUGCAGAACAAGCUCUGGGUGACGACCAUCAUAACACUGUACCUGCAGGACGGUCUUGUGGAUGGGCCCGACGGCACCAAGGUCAGCCUCAAGAGCGGCGGAAGCUGCAUGAUCUUCCACCCCACCGAUCAGAAGAUCUUCCUGGUCGGCACCGAGUGCGGCUACAUUUACAAGUGCAGCACGGCCUUCAGCUCCAAGUACCUGAUGACCUACAACGCACACAACAUGUCCGUCUACCGCAUCGACUUUAAUCGAUUCAACUCCAACAUCUUUGUGUCCUGCGGCGGCGACUGGCGCGUCAAGGUGUGGGAGGACAUGCGUCCCGAUCCGCUCUUCAUCUUUGAUCUUGGAUCUGCUGUCGGCGACGUCAAGUGGGCCCCCUAUUCCAGCACCGUCUUUGCCGCUGUCACCACCGAGGGCAAGGUCCAUGUCUUCGAUCUGAAUGUGAACAAAUAUAAGGCCAUCUGCAUCCAGGCGGUGGUGCCCAAGCGUAAGAACAAGCUCACCCGACUCUCCUUCAACGAGAAGAUACCCUUCAUUGUGGUUGGCGACGAAAAGGGAGUUACCACUUCGCUUAAACUAUCGCCCAAUCUUCGCGUGAUGGUCAAGCCGCCCAAGAAGCAGCUGUAUCUGGAUCAGACCACACUGCAGAUCUCCAAACUGGAGAAACUACUAUCCCUAGUUCGGGAGCUGCCCGAAGGAAACAUCGUCCCUGACGCGGCCACCACAGUGCGCAGCUAAAUGCUCAACAUGAAAUAUCCACUUUAUAAUAUAAUGUAUAUUUUGAUAGUCCUCUUCCCGAGUCUGAUUGUAUAUUUCACUUUAAAACAUGUAGAGUUUUUUGGUUUUAAAAGA